AUGGCAAAGUUUUCCUUCCUUUUAAGUUCAAAAACAAAUAUUUUUUUUGAAUUGAAUGAUACAAUAAUUCAUUGUUACUCUUUCUUUUUUUCUUACCGGGAUUCUGUUUAUAACUUCAUAUCUAUCUAUCUAUCUAUCUAUCUAUCUAUCUAUCUAUCACAGUCUGUUGGUGUUGAUCUAUCUAUCUAUCACAGUCUGUUGAUCUAUCUAUCUAUCUAUCUAUCUAUCAUCUUUCACAGUGAGUCUGUUGAUCUAUCUAUCUAUCUAUCACAGUCUGUCGAUCUAUCUAUCACAGUCUGUCGAUCUAUCUAUCACAGUCUGUUGAUCUAUCUAUCUAUCUUUCACAGUGAGUCUGUUGAUCUAUCUAUCUAUCUAUCUAUCUAUCUAUCUAUCUAUCACAUGAGUCUGUUGAUCUAUCUACCUAUCUAUCUCACUCUGUUCAUAUCUAUCUCACUCUGUUCAUAUCUAUCUCACUCUGUUCAUAUCUAUCUCACUCUGUUCAUAUCUAUCUCACUCUGUUCAUAUCUAUCUCACUCUGUUCAUAUCUAUCUCACUCUGUUCAUAUCUAUCAUCUGUCUCUCAUUGAUAUAUCUAUCUAUAUUGAUAUAUCUAUGUAUCUCUGUUGAUCUAUCUAUCUAUCUAUCUAUCUAUCACUCACAGUCUGUUGAUCUAUCUAUCACAGUCUGUUCAUAUCUACCUACAUAUCUCACUCUGUUCAUAUCUAUCUCACUCUGUUCAUAUCUAUCUAUCUAUCUAUCUAUCUAUCUAUCUAUCUAUCACUGUUCAUAUCUACCUACCUAUCUCACUCUUUAUCUCAGUCAGUUGAUCUAUCUAUCUAUCUAUCUAUCUAUCUAUCUAUCUAUCUAUCUAUCACAGUCUGUUGAUCUAUCUAUCUAUCUAUUUUUGUCUCCAGUCUGUAUAUCUAUGUCUCUGUUUAUUUAUCUAUUUAUAUCUGUCGGUCUAUAUAUCUGUCUAUGUCCCUCUCUCUCUCUCUCUCUCUCUCUCUCUCUCUCUCUCUCAAUCUAUGUCAUUCUCUGUUUAUGCCUGUCUGUUGGUCUAUAUAUAGAUAUUGCUAUCUAUCUAUCUAUCUAUCUAUCUAUGUCUUUCUCACUAUCUAUCUGUCUGACUCUUUAUGUCUAUCUUUUUAUUUUUGUCUGUCUGUUUAUUGAACAAUCUUUACAUUUUACUUCUUUGCAGGCUCAUUGA